GGCAGCUCGACCGCAGCAUGAAAGUGAAAGCGCUCCGGCUGGCAUUUUGCAGCUGAGCAGGCAGAGGCGGGAACCACCAGAAUCACACGAAUCACACGGAGCAGAUUCCGCUUACAACGAGGCGGCGAAGAUUAGAGAAGCUUGCCAGGCAGAUACGCUGGACAAGAAUGAAAACGUGACAGUUCCCAUAAUACGUGACUGUGUGGAAGAGCUGCAGAAAUAUGCGGAAAAAACAAGGGAGGGAUUGGCGACUUCCAUUGAAGCUGAGAAGGAAUUCGUGAAGCAUUACGCGAAAGCCGCCAAGGAAAUUGCCAAGAUAGGAGACGUGGUUGCUUGGAUGUGCAGCAGAAUCCUGAGUUAUGCGUCGGCAAAACUGUGCAUUUCUCUUGGAAAGUGUCUGGGACAUAGUGCAGAAGGAUAA